AUGAGUAAUAGUUUAGCAAAAAAAUUCGAUAAAAUUGUAUCAAAAUUGGGUAGUAAAACUAAAGAAACAAAGUCAAAUGAUCAUGAAACAGUUGAUAAUCGUUCAAAUAAAGAUGAUACAGCAUCAGAUGGAAAUGAAGAAUCACAACAUGAAUCAAUUUUACAACGAAUGAAAGGACAUCUUGUAUCACAUGGAUCAUUUAAACGUGAACAUCAAAAUACACAAGGAGCACCACCUACUCAACAUAUUAUAGACGAGCUCAAAGAUUCGCCAUUUAAAGGUCUUCUUACGCAUGUCACAAUGGGAGGAGGUACGUCAUCGUCCAGCAGUUCAUCAUUGCCUUCACCAGGAGGUAUACCGAGUGAAUGUUAUAAACAAGCUCGUGAAGAAUUUGACAAUCGCUAUUUAAUACCAACUACAUUUCAAUUAAUCUAUCGUGAUUUUCAAGUAAUUCGACCACUUGGACGUGGUGCAUUUGGUUCUGUUAAAGAAGUUAAAUGUAUACGUGAUCCAUUACCAGAUUAUCUUCAACGAACAACUACUAAUGAUCCAACAGGAACAUAUUAUCGUAUUGCACUUAAAAUUAUUAAUAAAAAAAGUGCACAUAAAAUGAAACAAGAAGAACAUGUUGUUAAUGAAAAACGAAUAUUACAAGCAUUAAAUUUUCCAUUCAUAAUACGAUUUUAUUUUUCAUUUAAAGACAAUGCAAAUCUUUAUAUUGGUCUUGAACUAAUUGAAGGUGGAGAAUUAUUUCGACAUUUACGUGAUUCAGAACGAUUUGAAGAAAAAAAAGCUAAAUUUUAUGCAUCUCAAAUUAUUCUCGCUCUUGAAUACCUACAUUUAUUGGGUAUUGUUUAUCGUGAUCUCAAACCGGAAAAUUUGCUCAUCGAUCGUUAUGGUUAUAUAAAAAUGUGUGAUUUUGGCUUUGCUAAAAAAAUCGAUCGUGGAAAAGCAUAUACUCUAUGUGGUACACCUGAAUUUCUUGCACCUGAAAUUAUCCUUGGUCGUGGUUAUAAUAUGGGAGUUGACUAUUGGGCAUUAGGUGUUUUGGUAUUUGAAAUGAAUGCUGGUUAUUCCCCAUUUUGGGAUUCUGAUCAGCAAAAAAUUUAUCAUAAAAUUAUCAAUGGAAAAUUUCGACCUCGUUCAGCGUUUACAGAUAAUUUAAUUGAUCUCAUACGUGGUUUAUUACAAAAAGAUUUAACAAAAAGACUUGGUAUGAUGUUUAAUGGUGUUAGUGAUAUAAAAAAACAUGCUUGGUUUCGUGAUAUUGAUUGGUUACAGAUAUUUUUAAGAAAACUUCGUGCACCAUGGCUACCAGAUACUCGUGCAAAUAAUUUUCCUGAUGCUGAAGAUGAAGAGCCUGAACGUUCAUCGAUUAAUUUAUUUGAAAAAGAAUUUCAUGAAUUUUAA